CGGCGCGUUGGUGUGACGUAAUUGGUCUACAAACGCGUCCCCGGGAGGAUGCAGCCCACGAAUCUGGACACCCCCAAUAAUUACAAUCGCGGUCUUUGCAAACUAUUUUCCUGCCUUGAUGGAAAAGAAAAUGGACGUCAGACGAUCUUUUUUUAUUUUGUGAGAAAUGAGAGGGCAAUCCUUAAGUUGUGGUGGCUCUGCUUCUGGGUCAACACAUAAAACAGUUCCUCAAGUGUGUCCUUUACAAGCAGAGGCUUACUGAUAUACGACUCUGUUACCAGUUCUAGGGCUGACGCACCCAGUUCCCCACCCCCGGUGUAUCCUUUACAGCUGAGGAAACACAAACCAAACAACAAUGGCAGUCCAGUUAAGAGUCAUUUUAGAAGAACACAGCAUUCAAAAGUUGACACUUCCAACAGGAAUUCCUAAUACAGUGGAAGAUCUUGUUUCCAUAAUUACUGAAACUUUCCAGUUGCAUGGGGAAUUUGGACUGCUAUACCAAGACAAAGACUUUGACAACCAGUUUUUCAGUGUCAUCUCGACUGCUGACUUGUAUGACAAGGCCACUGUUAAAGUGAUCCUUAAAGAGCCAGUAAUCACCCUUGACCUACAACCAGUAUGUGAAUCAGGAUCAUCAUCUACAUUGAACUCUUCAACUUCAGUGAGCACCCAUCCUGCAACUACUACUGAAACGGACAUCUGCCCUGCACAUCAUGAUGCACCCUCACAGGUGUCCGACUGCGCAUCCUCAAGUUCCAGUGACACCAUCAUUCUCCCUGAUUCAUGUCGCCCUGUUGCAUGGCCAGUGCCAUUUCAAGUACCAGAGUUUUCCCGAGACAUACAACUAAUCCUCACUGAGGCAAACAACUCAUAUCGCAACACUGGAAGACCUUUCAUGGAUGCCAGUGUUAAAUCAGCAAUAAUGCAAGACCUUGCAAAAGUAAUUUUUUCGUACACUGCUUACCCAACCAAUCAGCAGAUCCUCUCAGUGGCUGAAGCGUUGGUUUCAAAGUUUCCGUGUCUUAAGGAGCCAGGAUCAUUUGCCGGCUUAUAUGGCUGGCAGCAGCGCAUAAAAAACAAGAUGCACAAUUACCGUGCCAAGCUAAGAUCUCGAAAAUUUUCUUACCCAGAAAUUGAAAUUAAUGCCUUAAAAAGGAAACAUCCAGCUAAUGCAGUGCCAUCAAAGAAUGUAAAAAAGCCAAAAAAAGCAGAGGUUAAUUAUCUCCCUCCGCAUCCUACUGGAGAAACACCAGAGACACUGGAGAAAGAGAGGCUUGAAAUGAUUUAUGAAAUAACAAAGAAAAACAACGCAAAGAUAAUUGCUGAUAAAAUGAAUAAAACAUUCUCUAGCAGAAGACUUGAAGUGGUCAGCAUCUGCCCCUCUGUGGGUGAAUUAAAAGAAAGGUGGCCUGCAUUAUUCACUGAGGCUCAGAUCAUCGAAGAGUUCAGACGCAUCACCACAAUUUCUUUGGUGGAGACAUUCAUGCUGAAACUUGAUGAGUACACACCAGGUCUUUUGCAGCUUAUGCGUGCCAAAGGGGGAGCUGCUGGUUCCAAGAUGAGACCUCUGCUGGACACUUUGAAUGACACACAGAGCAUUGAGAAGAAAAGGGAUGUUGUUAUCUGCUGCCUCAUUAGCUACCUCGGGGAAAGACGAGAAGAUCUUUUUCAUGACUGCCAGGAAUGUGAGGAUUACACAGACGAUAUGAUGAAAGUGAUCGUGAUCCACAACAUCAUGGCUGAGGAGGAUCCAUCAGAUGUGUUCAUUGUGAUUGAGGGAAACCAAGUGAUGGAGGGAUGUGGAAGCCGAACAAAGGCAUGUGUACUGCUGAUGGGACUGAUAUAUGCCCUCAACCUCGAAUAUCCGAAGGAGCUGAAGAACACAUUUGACACUUUUCAAAAACUGUUUUUGCAACUCGACGGGGCGAAACUACUGAACAAGGUCCACAGCCUCAAAAAUAAGCUUAUGCAAUGCACACACAUUUCCCCUCUUGUUCCCAGAGGAUCUUUUGUCCAGACGUAGCUUGAUGAAGCUGUGAUUUUUCUUCUGACAGCACACAAACUAUUGAAUGUUGGCGUUAGUGUUCUGUUCUAUCUACAUAUGUUUGAUAACGUACAUGCACAGAAACAACCUUGUAGAGUUUCUGUGCUUUUGGCUUUUAAAAUGGACUAAGUUGCCUUGGAAAGUGUUGUCUGCAAUAUCUGUUGUGUUGCACUUUAUUCUGUGUUUUUAUGGAAUAAAAACAUUGAGAUGAUGAA